ACCCUAACGGCUAAUUGUCUCCAGCUGUGAUUAUAACGUGUGUUUACACGCGCGCAAUUAGCGAGGAAAGACCAUGCAAAGACGACAUCUUUACGUCUUAUUUGGCGUCUUAGCACUUGAUAGCCUUAUUGGCUCUCCGUUAGCUCUCAGGAGAGAAAGAAAGUUAUCAAAAUCUCAAAAAGCGUCGACAUCAAACAAGUUUCCUGCCCCAGUUUUAAUGGCUUCGCUGGGCCAUUUUCAGCGAGCAUCACAACCCAGGUCGACAUCGUUCGACUUUGCUUACCUUCCUGACGUUUCCGUCACCUGCUCCACCACCGACCUUGUUGUCCGAGUCAAGCCUUCUUUCUUCGGGUUCGGUGCGGAUGAGUCGGAGCUCAAGCUGGGCAGCAACUGCAAAGGCACCGGUGUCCUCCGACCGUACGGAGACUUCCUCUUCACCUACCCGCUGACGGCGUGCGACUCCAGGCUUGAGGCGACGCGCGACUUUUUGGUCUACAAAUACAUCCUCCAUUAUGAACCUUCGAGCAAUAGGUUUCCAAGAAGGAAGCCUCAGAUUGACGUCGACAUUGAAUGUCGAUAUCAAAGGUACCACCAUGUGUACAAGCUGGCAGUCAAGCCCACAUGGCAAGCUGCUGUUGUGCGUAAAACCCUGAAAGCGCGUCGAAACGUGUUCCUAAUCCAAAUGAUGGAUGAUUCAUGGACGAACCCGGUCGAUACUCGGGUGUACCAACUUGGUCAGAAGGUUCAUGUCCAAGUCUCUGCUCCACAUCUGCCCGCUGGAAGGAAAUUGUACAUCAACAGCUGCCACGCUUCACUAGCUAGCAGCUCUUCUUCAUCCCACAAAUACACAAUCAUUGGACAUUUAGGUUGCAUGCUGGACAGCAAGCGCUACCCAGGAGGGGCUUCUCAGUUCAUCUCUCACACAAACAAGACCUUGAGAUUCUCAUUCCAAGCUUUCCAGUUCAUUUCCGACCCAGACAAAGAGAUCAGGAUUCACUGCAAAUUAUUUGUCACAUCAGAGAAGCCAGGUCCAGCACACAAAUCAUGCACCUACAAAGAGGACAGGUGGAGGGCUCUCUCAGGGGACGACUCCAUAUGUGAGUGCUGUGAUUCACGAUGUGAGACCUUCAAGUCGCACAAAACCUUCAUGGAAGGUUCCGUAAGGAGUGCGUUGCUGGUUGCCGAUGAGCCGCUUGCAGAGGAAGGAUUACUGCCUGUCAGAAGACCAAAUCAUCUCCAACACCCAUCCUUGAAUGGAUUCAAGAAUGACGAAGAUGAAGGAACAAAAAGUCUAAUUCUAGAAAAAAAGAAAGAACUUGCAGUCGAGAAGUUUGCCAACCCAAAGAGGAAAAAGUCAGAAGAGAGCGUUUCAAAUGAGUUCGGAGAAAAUGGAUCGGGAUAUGAAGUUGAGGACGACUUUUCAGAGAGGCUGAAGGAAGAACUUGGAAGAAAGUUAGUCCAAGUCAAUCAAACAAAAGGGAAAGCGUUGCAUGAAUGGCUGCAGUCGCAGGGAAUGUUGGCGUCACAAGUCACACAGCAGAGAAAUGUGAAGCAACUUGAAGACCCAGGCGACGAAGAAAAGCGUAAUCCCACAAAUGGGACAAGAACACGAUUCUUUGAGGUCCACAAUGAUGAGCAAGGAGAUGAUAAAGAGCAGACCUGGUAUUUCCCAUGGAGGUAGCUUCUUCACGCUGCCAUCUCAAUAAAAUGUCACAUUUCAGUUAAGGGCUUCAUUAUUUU